UUUAUGCAUAUACUUUGGCAGUGUUAGGGUUAGUUUGACACCUAUGGCACUGGCAGACCUAUUUACUGCCCUAAUUUAUUUAGCAUAUUUAAGUAGCCUGCAGGCUACUCAAAAUGUAGGCUGUCAUUGAAAACAAUACUGCAUUUAAAAUUUGUCUCUUUGCAAGGACAGGCAAGAAAUUGGUCAUGUAGUCUAGGAAUUACCCAUAUUUUCUGUCUCCAUUUGAGGAGUAGCCUAAUUUUGGUAAGAGUCCAUGUUCUCAAUGUCGCUCUCCUUUUUAAAUUAAUACAUCCACUAUUGAGGACGUUUUUUUUAGUUAUUAUUAUUAACACACUCUCUAAGGACUACAGUGACAGCUUCUCGACGUUGGGAUUUAGGUUUUGUACCUGUAUUCUUGCGCUGAUCUACACAUUUUUGUGCAUGAGGCACCGUUUCCAGGCCUUAUCCUUUUCUUUAAUUAUUUAUUUACGUGUAAACUGCAGUCUUGCUAUCAAUACAUUGAUGGUCGAUAAUUCCCAUCUCUGUUGAGGGCCGAACUAAAACACCUUAAUUUAUUUUCAUCUCAAAUUGGAGUAGGCCUACACACAGUCAUUAUGGCCCGUCCACGGCCGCGGGAGUACAAGGCAGGAGAUUUGGUUUUUGCGAAGAUGAAGGGAUACCCACACUGGCCAGCGAGGAUUGAUGAACUUCCAGAGGGAGCCGUCAAGCCACCUGCUAAUAAAUAUCCCAUCUUCUUCUUCGGCACGCAUGAAACUGCCUUCCUGGGCCCCAGGGAUCUCCUACCAUACAACGAGUACAAGGACAAGUUUGGAAAGUCCAACAAGAGGAAAGGUUUCAACGAGGGUCUGUGGGAGAUCGAGAACAACGCAGGGGUCAAAUUCACCGGCUAUCAGGCUAUCCAGCAGCAGAGUUUUUCCAAGACGGAGGGAGAAGGAGGAAACGUGGCAGACGGGAGCAGUGAAGGAGAGGAGGGAGAUUCCAUAGAGGAGGUGGAAGAUGACAAAGUCAAACUGAAGGAAGACCGGGCCGGGUCCAAACGGAAAAAGACGGCCUCCUCUAAGAAGUCGUCCAAGCUGUCCAGGAUCUCGUCUGGAGAGGAGGAUCUGGAGGACGGGAAAGAGGAGGAUCAGAAGAGCGGAUCAGAGGGGGGAGACCCCGAUAACGGCAUCAUCCAGAACACCACUGACAGCAAGAACCAGUUGCUGAGAGAAGAACAUUAGGUGCCGUGGACACCUGCAGACGGAAGGGAAGGUAUUCAUUGUUGCUGUCAUGUGAAAUUGGAACGGUCAAACUCCCAUCAUCACCACCUCUAGCACGUCCUGUAAUGGGCCAUUCACUUCUAACUCUAUGUAAAAAAUAACAUACAAUAACAUACAUAUACAUAUAUAUACGACAGUAUAUCACUAAAUCUGUACAAUUCUGCUUCAGGCCAACAGACUCACACCCAGGCUAGACUACAGCCAAAGUAACUAGCUUCAAAACCACACACACACACUUGUGUCCUCGUCUCGUCGAAAUCAGAACACCACAUUUAAUAUCCAAACAGUGUAAAAUAAGCAUAAAUCGAUAUUUAUAUUGACCCUUAGCCUCCACUAUCUGAUUAAUCCAUCAAUGAUGUCAUAGAGGUAAACAUGUUAGCUAUGUUUGAUAAAAAUUAUAUGAAUAUACAGUC